AUGGAGCAAGAUCAAGAAAGACACCUGGAUGUGAGGCCAAAACGUCGGACGCACCCCCCAGCUUGGAUGCAGGACUUCGAGGUGGACUACGUGGGAUAUGAGCACAGCGGCCAACCACGGUGGGACUCGUUUACACCGACCCCAACAGGCAGACCGUCAUACCCACAGAAGGGACUAGUCCAGACGAUCUCCUUGCAUGCACCUCAACUUCACCCGGAGAGCUUCGAGGAUGCUGCUCAGUAUAGAUCCCCUCAGCUAGCCUCAAGCUUCACCCGGAGGAGGAAUGCGGAUGAUAGAACCUUAUCUGCACCUGUCCAGUCAUACCAACAACAGCCAGCCCAGCACCCGAUGUACCACCCGAACCGCCAAACCUUACAAGAUGAGAAUGCGGUUCUGCGUGAGACUCACGAAGCCAUCCAUGCCGGACUGAAGGAGCUAAAUAAAGCCCGUAGUGACCUUCAGCAGCUGAUUGACGUGGCCCACUCUCUAAGAAUAGGCACGAGUCAAGUGAACAUCCCUCUACCAGCAUGUUCCAGUCCCACACCACCUGAUGGGGCCGUCACCACGAGCAACAGCUCGACAUUCACUGAGUCAGAGGAAGAGGAGGAUUGGCCUGAUCCCCCGCCAUGGCCUGAACCCGAGGAAGCUCUAAACGCCGACCUCAGUGCCUUUAAUCUGGGAGCUCAUCAGUUACCUCCUUACCUGACUCCACCGAAGACCAAGCCUCUACACUACAGGCCUCAGCCACAACCAGCCCAAUUCCGUCAUCCACAGUUCAUUCCUUCUAGCCGUGAGUCCUCCCAUGUUCCUCCUGUACCGCCAUGUAACUUACCCUUACCUCUAAGAGCAUCCCCAACUGGUCCAUCACAUCUUCAAGUGCCACACUCUCACAGAACCACCCCUUACAUGCAACCUCCAUUCCCAGAGCCAGUGUACAGAGGACCCCAACCGACCAUUCCCAAGUUCACUUUCCCGGACCCUAGUGAGUUUGCCCGGCUACGUAUAGCAUUAGAGAACCUCCUCCCCUCCAAUGCUACAGAACUCUUCAAGUAUCAGGUACUAGUAGACCAUCUUAAGUUAGAGGAGGCCAAACCGAUUGCUGACGCCUAUCUAAACUCCCCAACCCCCUACAUGGACACCAUGACAGCUCUCUAUGACAAAUAUGGUCAACCUCAUCAGCUUGCCCUAAAGAAGAUAUCCAGCGUCCUGGAUGGCCCGGAGGUCAGGCGGGGUGAUCCAAUGGCGUUCCAGAAAUUUGCCCUUCAAGUUCAAUCACGGGUGGGUCUCCUCCAGACCCUCCAGACCUUGGGCCACGAAGGAGAAAUUGAACUAAGUUGUGGCUCUCACGUAGCUCGCCUACUGAGUAAGCUUCCUCCUGAACAGCGGGCCGAUUUCCGCCGUUCCCAGCCCACUCGAUCUGGAGCCACAUCCACCUUGAGGGACCUGUCAGAGUGGCUUCGCCACGAGUCAUGGUGUCAGGACUUUGACGAUCCUACCAGUAGCCGGAGCUCCAAGGAGAAGCAGAGUACUAAAUGGAACAUUCGUCCUGUGGCUAAGCAAACAGCAGUCCUGCAUAGUAGCCAGGAGCCCUCAGUGAAACUAAUUAAAGAGAAACCUGUCAAAGGGAAAGACAAGUCCAAGGUAUACUGUGCCUAUUGUGAGAGUACAGACCACUACCUCAGCCAGUGUAGUGGUGUAGCCCAGCUCACCAAAGACGAGCUGAAAAGGUGGAUCCAGGAGCACAAGCGGUGUUGGCGCUGUGCCCGUCAACACUUCGCCGCUCAGUGCAACCUCAAGAAACCCUGUAACCUUUGUCAAGGCAAGCACCUUCUCGCUCUCCACGAGAUUAACGUAAGACCUGAGAAAGUUAAGGAUGACUCACCUCCAAAGGCUGAAAGCUGCCUGACUACCUGUGCCUCCGAGUCCUUCUACCUUGACCGACCACAUGUGGGGAACCGAGUCAUGUUGAAGGUGGUGCGAGUACACGUGCACUAUGGUAGUCAGAAGUUAGACACCUUUGCUAUACUGGAUGAUGGGUCUGAGAGGACUAUGCUGCUCCCCACCGCUGCUAAGUCACUAGCCCUUAACGGCGCUCCCGAAGACCUCCCACUGCGCGCAGUGCGCUCGGACAUCCAAGUUUUGCAUGGCCGUACAGUGUCAUUCCGGGUCUCCUCCCCCACCAACCCUAAUGUCAUGUUUAAGAUCACUGAUGCCUUUACAGCCAGCCAUCUUAAUCUAGCCCCACAUAGCUACCCAGUUAGCCACCUACAGAGGAAGUUCAAGCACCUGCGUGGAAUCCCUAUUCCUACCUUCCGAGAAGUAAAGCCCUUGCUUCUCAUAGGUUCAGACCAGCCCCACCUCAUAACCCCCAUCGAGCCUGUCAGGCUUGGUCCUCACGGUAGCCCAGCAGCUGUCCACACUAGACUGGGGUGGACCUUGCAGGGCCCGUGUCAGUCGACGGGGCGGCCGGCUCACCCAGCUCAAUGCCUGUUCACCUCUGUUCCACCACCCAUGGAUGAUCUCUACAGGCAUGUGGAGAGACUCUGGCAAGUGGAUACAGUCCCCUACAGGCCAGAGAGGGAAGUGACACGAUCCAAGCAGGAUCAGCAAGCCAUAGCCCUGCUGGAGACGAAGACAGUACGUACCGAGGCUUGGUCCUGUUGGGAGGCGGAGCUCAAGCAUCUGCCGGACAUUACCAUGCCACGUCCGUAUGCGCCUGCUGAUAGCCCCCGCGAAGGGACCACUCGGCAAGUGCACAUCUUUGCUGACGCCUCAGAAAAGGCCUACGGGGCUGUAGCCUUCCUCCGAACCGAAGACAACCAGGGUAAGGUACAUUUAUCCUUUGUUCUGGCUCGCUCCCGCAUAGCCCCUAAGCGUGUGCAUUCUGUACCUCGCCUUGAGCUGUGUGCGGCUCUUGUAGCAGCGCAGUUGGCUUCCACCCUUAAGAAAGAGCUUGCUCUCCCAGUACACAGCACAGUAUUGUGGUCUGACUCUACCACUGUACUCACCUGGCUACAUUCACAAUCCUGUCGAUACAAGGUGUUUGUAGGGUCAAGAGUAGCUGAGAUCCAGGAGCUUACGGAAGGCUUUGUUUGGCGCUAUGUAGACUCAGACAACAACCCACAUUGA